UGGUUGGUGGGUUCAUUUCAUUCGAAGGUCACAAUUAUUAUUAUUGGCGAACAGCAUAUUGAUCUUCGUUUUUUUUUUUUUUUUUUUCUUUAAUUCUCUGGGAUUUCUAUCUUGAGAUUGAGCUGGGUCACGGCUGCUUCCACCUAUAAUCUCUCUCUAGAUUUCUGCAUUUCUUCUGCUUGAAAUAGGAAGAAGCAUUUCGUAGACCCAAUUUCCUUUCUUGUGCAGUCAAGACUGUUCUUGAUUCCUGAUUCUGUUGGCUGAGUUUCGAGAAUUUGAUUUUUUCUUCAGAAUAGGAUCCGAAGAGAUCCGUCUUGAUUGCGUUUGGGUGGCUGGGUCUUCGAAAAUAGUUGCGGUAAUCCGCGAACAAUCUAGGUUUCUGGGAUUUUCUUUUUCCUUUUCUGAUUUUUGGUGAGGGGUUUCUGAAAAUCCAAUCGAUUAAUUGGGGAAAAUUUUGAGCGGAAUUGCAGCGAAAAGGUAAAGAAACAGAAAAUUAAGAAAGAAGAAAAGAGGAAGGAGACGCAAUAACACAACGCUGGUUCUGAUAGACACCGCAAUGCUCGAAACGACGCCGUGUUCGGAAGUUUCACAUCGAUUUGGGGGUCUUCGAGGGGUUCAAUGGCGGAUAGAUUUGGGUAUUCUACCGUCUUCUCCUUCUGCAUCUGUGGAUGAUCUUCGCCGGGUAACGGCCAAUUCUCGGAGAAGGUAUGCUGCAUUAAGAAGGCAACUUCUUGUCGAUCCACACUUGCCGAAAGAUGGAGGCAAUUCUCCUGAUCGUGUCAUCGACAAUCCACUGUCUCAGAACCCAGAUAGUAUGUGGGGUCGAUUCUUCAAAAAUGCCGAACUUGAGAAAAUGGUUGAUCAAGAUUUGACACGAUUGUACCCUGAAAGAGGUAGCUAUUUCCAGACAAGCGGAUGCCAGAGCAUGUUGAGACGAAUUUUAUUACUAUGGUGCCUAAGACACCCGGAGUGCGGCUACAGACAGGGUAUGCAUGAACUGUUGGCUCCACUUCUAUUUGUCCUUCAUGCCGAUGUGGAGCGGCUGUUGGAAGUGAGAAAAACUUACGACGACCAUUUUACAGACAAGUUUGAUGGCUUUUCAUUUUACGAAAAUGACUUGACAUACAAAUUUGAUUUCAAGAAAUUUUCAGAGUCCCUGAAUCACGACGAUGAUUUAGAAAAGAAAUCUGCAAAGCCUAGCAGUCUUGAUGAACUCGAUCCAGACAUACAACUUAUUGUUCUACUCAGCGAUGCAUAUGGGGCAGAAGGCGAAUUGGGUAUCGUUCUGUCAGAGAAAUUUAUGGAACAUGAUGCCUACUGCAUGUUUGAUGCUUUAAUGGGUGGAAAUGGUGGUGCUGUUGCCAUGGCAGAAUUUUUCUCCCCUUCUCCUGUCGGCAGUUCUCAUACCGGUUUUCCCCCAGUAAUCGAAGCUUCUGCUGCUCUGUACCACGUGCUUUCGAUUGUCGAUUCAUCUCUUUAUAGUCACCUUGUGGAAUUAGGAGUUGAGCCCCAAUUCUUCGCGCUCCGCUGGCUUAGAGUACUCUUUGGUCGUGAAUUUUCUUUGGAGGAUCUUCUGCUAAUAUGGGACGAAGUUUUUGCUCACGAAAACACUAAGAAAGGCGCUGAUGUCGACGCCGAGUCCAGCUUUGGAAUUCUUGAGCAACCAAGGGGAGCAUUCAUCUGCGCUUUUGCAGUUUCGAUGAUACUCAACUUGAGGUCUUCAUUACUCGCGACUGAGAAUGCUACGAUCUGUCUUCAGAGAUUAUUGAAUUUUCCGGAUGGGGCAAAGCUUAUGAAGCUAUUGGAGAAGGCAAAAUCUUUGCUUCCGAUUGCAUUAAAUGCAAAUGCCUCGAAUUCGCGUCCAAUUUAUCCUGGGCUGUAUGAUGGUCGAAAGCCUUGCGUUGCUGCUAGGCGUCAUAGCAUCUCUCUGGAUGGAUCUUCUCCUAAUACUCGUCUCAACAUGGUGUCCGAUAGUUAUUGGGAAGAGAAAUGGAGAGUUUUACAAAAAGAAGAAGAAAAAAAGCGAAGUUCUUCUCCUGGAGAACAAGCUUCGAUUUUGAGAAGGGGUUGGACUCAGCGAGUUAGGCUGCGACUAUCAAGAACAGAAUCUGAUCCCGCUCCAUCGAAGGAAAAUGGUAAAACCAAACUCUCGAAGCCAUCUGUAAGGAGAAGUUUGUUGAAAGAUCUUGAGAAACAGCUCGGGUUAGAUGAAGAUACAGAAAAUACAGCAACAAAUGAAGAAUUCGGGAAUGAGGAUUCGCUGGAGGUUAGUAGAGAUGACAUUAACGUUAAGGACAGUUGUGGCGGAUCAUCAAGUGGUGCCGGAAGCGAAGAAAAUAUCUCCAAUUUGUCGUAUCCAACCAGUCCUUCUAGCGGAAUCAGUAGCGACAAUGAGAAUGAGCCGGAAAGGCGAAGUAGUGUUGCAUCAAACUCGUCGGUUGAAGGGAAUGAUGCCGAGAUUGUCCCAGAUUGCUCUCCCAUUCCUGUCUCCGAUCUCACUGACGGUAUCCCUCCAGAAGAACUGCAUAAUGAUGAUGAUUCUGUGAGAAAAACAGAAACAGCUGCGAAGGACCAACGGAAAAAUAUAUUGGGUAAAUUUCAUUGGCUGUGGAAGUUCACAAGAAAUGCUGGCAACGACGUAUCAGAAGGAACAAAUGCUCCUGAGGAUGCAAAAACCUGCGAUGGAGGUAGUGAUCGGCACAGCGUAGCUUCUGCCAUUUCUAUUGCUGAUACCAGCAGCAGCAACGGAGAGGUUAUGGACCAGAAUUUGAUGUUAAGUUUCAAGAAUCUUGGCCAAUCUAUGCUCGAAAACAUUCAGGUAAUCGAGUCGGUGUUCCAGCAGGAUCGGGGCCAGAUGGGCACGUUAGAGAAUCUGUCGAAGAACGGCCUUGUAGGAAAAGGGCAAGUCACAGCCAUGGCUGCUCUGAAAGAGCUUAGAAAGAUAAGCAGUCUUCUGUCACAGAUGUGAUGGUAGAAUGUCCAAAGUUCAUUUGAAUUAUUUUUUCCCAAGCUGCCGACAUAAAUAAAUGGUGAGUUGCAGAAUAAAUGAAAAGGGGUCCUCCGGAAGUCCAUGUACACAGUAGAGUUUUGAUAUUCAUCGUAUUAGCUUCAUUGUAAAUAUGGAUAUAGGUGUAAUAGAGUGAGUUGCAGGCAGACAAGAACAAAGAUGUGUUAAUAUGCUCUUGUAUCUAUCAUCUCCACUUCAUUAUUGCAAUAUGAUUAUCUUGAUUCUGAGUAA